GGCGGCGUUAUCAAUUCAGCUUACGGUAUGGAAUACAGCCUGUGCACUGAUAUGCCAAGACCUAAUAUAGACACUAGAGGUGCUGCCUGUGUACUGAUGUGCCAAGGCCUGGUAUAGACGCCAGGGGUGCCAGGGGUGCCAGGGGUGCUGCCAAAGAUUGCACGGUCAGGCACAUCGCGCAGUUGCAGUAAGAGCAGAUGAGAUCGGAGCCUUUGCCGAGGUCGGUGUUCUCACUGGAGAUAGGGUCAGCAGGCACGGCCGCCUAAUGAGGCAGCAGCAGAGCAUGCCUCUCAUCCACUCAGAGGAGGGACGCGCGGUGCAGCUCCGCCACGUGCAUACCGUGAGAGUGAGUGAGGGCCUAGCAAAUAGCCAGUAGGGGGAGUGGCCAGACCCGAGUUCAGCUGUAUGCGGUCAAGAUGGUCCGUACCGCUGUGAUGAUUGAAAGCUUGAUGUACGAGGAGGCACGAAAAGAGCACAGCGGUGCUGAGCGAGGGAUUGGAAAGCUUGUUGCAAGUAACGAAGUCUUUCGUAUUGUCUCGCCCGACUUAGUUUGUAAUCAUUCGAGGCUGCCCCCGGCAGGUUGCGCCCGGUCACGACAGAUGAGCGAGAUUGGGUGUGCGUCCGUCCCCUAUUCCCGCGUCGUCCCUCUACUUGGGCUCAAAUGGCGGGUAGCGCUGCCUCGCGAUCUUCUUCAUUCUGCCAUUGGCCUCCUGAAGGGCAAUGGCUCUGAGAACCUUCUCCCAGAACUCCUUUUCCGUCAAGCGCUUUCCGCUUCUCUCCAUCGUAUCUUGGUGCGUGACUGUCAGUGGUGCUGCGCACCUUGGAUUUGGACAGCGCGGGCUGCUUGGGAAUGCCUUGGUCUGGGUCUCGUGCUUUUGCACAAUGUGGUUUGUGGCGUGAUAGCAGCGCUGCGUAUGCGGAUGCAGUGAUGUUUUGUUGAAGAAUUUGGUGGAGGGCUGAGUGUUGUCGAAGUUGUGCUGAUGAAGUUCCAACGGCUCGGACCUCCGCGUGAUUCCAGUCACAGAUCAAACAAGCAAAUGGAGACACUGACUUCAGGUUGAAUACAACAGCAUUCCAUACAUCACUGGAAGCAUCCCAAUAUCUCGAGAUUGAAUAGGAAGCCGCCCGAGCGAGAUCUCCUUAUGCUCCUACCAAUCCCAUCGUCGCUGGGAAUAUUGGCAGGACAUCCAAAACUUGAGAUCCAGUUGGACACGAGUCCGACGCAGCGCCAUUGGCUCUCAACAGCCAUGUUUGCAUUGCAGUCUGGAAAGAAGCACGGACGCUGUUCGCGAAAUGGGCGUCGUUGAAUGAGCCUGAUAGAUGAAGUUCGAGGGGUGGGGUCCAUUGUGGAGAUUGUCCCACGCUGAACCUGGGGAGGAUGGCUCUGAGGAGGAUGGCCUUGCCGGCCAACUCACCAACGCCUAGGCGAUUGCGCUUGUGGCCUCCCCUUAGUUGCGGAACCAUGGCCUAUUUCCUGCACCCAAUUGUUGAGAUUGUCUUUCUGCCGAGCGUGAAGAACGAAGCGGAACACAACACGAUGCUGCUCAGUUGCCUGUACUCAUGGCGCGAACCAAGUCUAUGCUUCAGGCGUGGCGAGUCGGCUCUACGUUCUUCAUCCCGCUCCAGUCUCAGCUCCAGCAGUUCACAAGCCUCAGCCAACGCGGGCGAAUGUCCCAAACAUGCCGUGAAUAUCUCCUUGUGCGACUGCUCAAACCACCUCUUCGCUCUUUCUCAUCCACCACUGCUGCUUACAGCUUACCGCCAACACCGAACGGGGCAGUAGCAGUACGGGAGGUAAGGAUUUUCCAUGCUCAGUCUUUUCGUUCGAC